UACAAGAUGGAUACUUUAGGCCACAAUUUCGUUUUCAUAAUCAUAAGUAUUUUGAUGAUCAAACAUUCAGAUGCCUAUACUAAAUGCAACAACCCAGAUUCAACAAAAACAGCUUAUGGGGCUAGUUGUACAUCCAAUUCUCAAUGUUUAACAGAAUACUGCAACCCUAAUUCAAGGAUAUGUUCCUGUCCUAUUGACUCGUUCAAAGACACAUUGAGUGGAUUAUGUGUUAGAAACAGCGGUCCAAUUUUUAGCUCUGCAGGAGAGUGUGGCGUCCUUGCCAGCCCAAGCAGCGUUAGCCAAGGAACCCUGGUCACUUGGUGGAUCUACGGAGAGCCGAGGACAUAUAUUACCAUAGUUGUGCUGGAGAUAGAUAUGUAUUCAACAGCCAGUUGUUCGACAAACUAUUUGGAAAUUCUAGAAGGUUCUAAAAUUUUACUUCAAAAAACAUGCAAUAGAUUGAAUAGCACGUCGGGAUAUUAUGCUUCAAAAUCCAAUAGUCUGACAGUCUCAUAUCGAAAAGCUUCAAGUACUUACAAAGGAUUUAGAGCUAUCUACUAUACAAGAAGCAUGUCAAGUGAACUAAGUGAAACGUUUGGAUACAUUGUAAGCCCAGGAUAUCCUGUUGACUAUAACAAUUACUUGAACUACACCUGGCUUAUCUCCGCUGAGAAAGGGCAUUUAAUUAGUUUAACAUUUGAUGUGGACAUUGAGAGCAAUUAUGACUACGUAAGAGUGUUUACCGGAAGAUAUCUUUCUUUUCCACCAUUUGCAACUCAUUCUGGUUCGACGUCUCUGCAAUAUGUAAUAUCAACAGCUAACAAUAUUUUGCUACAGUUUUCAACCGACGUUUCUAAUAGUGGUCCAGGCUUCAGAGCCAAAUAUGUUACACAUGAUAUCGGUUAUGGCACGCAGUGCAGCAACGUAUGUUUGGCAGGAACGACGUGUUCAAAUGGUCAUUGUGAAUGUGAAUAUAACCAGUAUUAUAAUCAUGUCGACAUGCUUUGUCUGCCUAGAGUCUCUUUCGGAUAUUCCUGUCGACGUUCAGAAGAAUGCUUUCAAAGUUUAGUUUGUCGUGACUCGGUUUGUAUCUGUGAUACAAAUCAGUACCACAAUUAUAGCUCUGGUUAUUGUCAGUAUGGGGUGACUUAUGGAUAUAACUGCAAACAUUCCGAAUGUGCUGAUGGUCUUUACUGCUUCUCAGAUGUAUGCACCUGUUUAAGUAAUCAAUAUUACGAUCAAUCAUUUGGAAUCUGCAAAGUCAAAUUAACCUACGGAAAUACUUGUAACAGUACAGAGCAAUGUGUUAGUGGUCUCAACUGUAUUGGAGCCAAAUGUGGCUGUUUGACAAGUCAUUAUUAUGAUCAAAGUUUUUCAAUAUGCAGACCUACACUUGCGUAUGGAGGAUUGUGUACGUCUACAAGUCAGUGCCAACAAGAAUUGCAAUGUGUUGGGAAUCAUUGCAACUGCUCUGUUUAUUAUUACUUUCGAAAUCAUACAUGUCUAGCCAAGCAUUAUCAUGCUGCGAACUGUUCAUCUUCUGAAGAAUGUUUAAGUCCUUAUGUCUGUAGAUUUGAGAGAAUCUUUACCAAGAAAUGUCUUUGCCCUAGUGACAUGCAUUUUAUUACAUCGAAUUGUCUACCUCACUCAAAUGUGCAGGCUGUACUUUCAAGUACUUCAGUAGUGAAGACAAAUUCAAUACUUCUCAAGUGGACAACGCAAACAUGGAAGUCAGAUUUCUUUUUCACUGUUCAGUGGGGAAGCAAUUAUAAUUGGACAAAAUCAACUGAACUCUUCAUAGAUGGCCUGUCUCCUGGACGUGUCUACAACUUUGUUAUAACCACAAACAUACCAGCAGACCAAGAGUACAAUAAUAAAUCCGUGCAGUCUAAAUUUUCUAUAGAGACAACACUCCCUAUAGGACAACUCUGCGAUCCUUCCAUUGAAAAUAUGUGCGAGUUACCGGACCUCAUAUGUGCACGUGACAGCAGAUCCACAUCUAAUUACACAUGUCAACAGAAACAGCAUGGAAAUGAAACGAGCGUUUCAAAGAAGAAUACAGGUGAAGGCGACGUAAACACUGCGGUUAUAGCUGUAGCUGUUGUUGGUUGGGUUGCUGCCCUUGCAGCAAUUAUAGUUGUGAUUGUUGUAUGUUCAAGGAAUGGAAAGAAAGCUCCAACUAAUGGCAGCCCGGAGACUCAAACAAUUGAAGCUAUGAGUGAUCUUAGGGAAUCCAGUGUUGCCAAUGUUCCUCCUAAAAAUGACUACAGAUUAUUUCCUAGAACAACAGAUGUCCAGUCGUCCACUAGUACCACGUUGACUCCGUCUGGAACAUCACAAGGUCAGUCAACAGUGCCGAAUACAUCGGCCAGUCCUUCAGCGACAUCCGAGACAAACAUUUCUACAGAGAGGCCCAGAUUUUCAAAUCCAAAUUUUGGUCACGAUAAUGAAACGUUCACACCCGAUAACAAUGACAAUACGUAUGAGGAUAUAUCAGAGAAUGUUGUUUUUGACGAGGACACAAUUUAUCAGAAUGUUGGAAGCCCUAAUGAUAAUAUAUAUAUUAAUUCAAAAAUUUAAACCCACAGUUUUUAAGUUCCCAUCACAGCAGAACAGUAUGUAAUGUGCUCCAAUGUUACUAUGUUAUGACAUAAAUAGCCCCGAUAUGUACAACUACUACAGUAUGGGCGUUCUGUAAUAAGCUGUAGAAAUUUGAAUUUAAUUUAUAUGUACAUGCAAGUUUAUAGUUCUAAAUGUGUGUCUGUGUAUGAAUAUGCAUGUGUGUGUGUUAAUUGGUAGUUAAAAACGUAUCACAUGUUUCACUUAUCAUUCUCUAUUUAUGUUUUUAAUAAAAGUAGUUUAGAUUUAAACAAUACACUAUUUACAUGAAACGUAAUAGCAAUUUCGCAUAAUAGGAUACGAAGAGUUAUUAGCAAAGUCACUAAUGACUUACACUUGGCUGAUUAAUGUAUGAUAUGCUAGCUUAUCCCUAUUACUAUACUUUCAAUUAUUUUUUGUUACUAAAUUUUGUAUCACUAUUCUCUUUGCCUUGAAGCAAUAGUGUUCUAAUAACCAAAGAAUUUGCUUAUACAGUAGUGAACAGCUGAAUGGAAAAAAUACAAUAGACACAUUGGGAAGGCCUGAUGGUUUGGUCAAGUAGGGUCUCAUACAUGUAUAUUGAUAUAUAUAUAUAUCAUAUGUAUAUAUAUGAAUAAAAGUAAUGGUUAGUUUGUGUUUACUUACACGAUGCCCGGCGCCACCCUCAGAGGGGCGCCACACGCAUUGAGGCACCAAAUAAUAAAUCAUUGUAGAUAUUUUAUUUAAGUAAUACAUUCUAAAGUUAUUUGUUUCAUAUUUACUUUAUUUAUUCUAUAUUUUUAUUAUUUAUAUCUAUAUUAAUAUUUUUUAUUUAUAAGCCUAUAUUUCUAUGUGAUUUUCAUGGAAACUGGAGCGAGGGGGGGGGGAAUAAAGUACCUUUCCCCGGGGGCACAUUUUGCUCACUACGCCUCAGGACUUACAGCUGUACAAAACCAAUCUAUGUGGUUUGAACCUGCCAAUGUUAGGUCAUCUGUGUUUACAUUUUAACAGUGCAUAACCCAAGGUGAACGUGCAUAAAGCUUAAUAUAUAUUAGCUAAGUCUUACAUCAAUUUGAUAACAACUUUUAAAAACGUAUUUGUCUUUGCAUUUAUAGGCCUAUACUUUUUUGUAUAUCUAGAGUUGUAUAUAGAGUAUGUGAUACUGCUGAAUCUUUUUUUCCAGACAUUUCUUGUAUUUAGUAUAAUUCUUCUUGAAAAUAAAUAUGUGAUA